GAGGCUCUAGCUGGCAGCAGGAUUCCUGACAUCAGUGUUGCUCUCUGGCUGCCUGCUGUCUCGAGCCAUGGCUACACAGCUGGUUGUAACUCUGCUGGCUCUCACCUCCCUGGGUGCUGCAUCUGAACUGGACUGUAAAGAGCUCGUUAAGCCUCUGGUGCUGGACAGCCACAGUCCUAUCUAUGGAAAAUGGGUGCUGCACGUUGGCACUUGGGACAACCUCGGCCUGAAGGCUGACCUUGUCUCUGUGAACAGCUCCUGGGUGGAAAUGUCCCCUUCCUCACACAGUGAAGUCAUUACAAUCUACUGGGCUGACCGCCUAAAUGGAGAUAAAUGCCUUAGCGGGAUAGCAAAUGCCACGGUGUCUGGAAUGACCAGUCACAGUACUUAUAUCAUCAAUGGUCACACUUCCUAUCACGAUGGGAAGUAUUAUGAGACCUGCAGUGACUGUCUGCUGUCCGAAGACACCACUCUUCUCCCUGAUGGCAAAUCAAAGGGACGAUACUUAUUCCUGUUUACACGGACUGGCACACUGGAGCCAUCAGAGUUGGAGACCUUCAAGAAGCAGGCAGAAUGUCUUAAAUUCCUUCCAGAAUAUCACUUUGUAGGCACAGAUCUGUGUCCAGAUCACAGGGAAACUUCUUCACCUGCAGUCAGUUCAGACGAUGACACUGAGGUUGAGCCAACUGUAGAGUAGACAUGUGACAGCCCUGUGAAGAGUUUCCACAAACCCACAAGUCCUGUUUAACAUGCACUAAAUUAUGUUGUAAAGUAAUAUGUUUUGGAAUGGAAUAGCAUUUUACUGGUUUAUGCAUCAACAUAAUCAUAUAUUAAGGCAACACUGUAGUUUAGCAUGUAAUCCUAAAUCUGAAGUCCACACCUCAUGAAAAUCAGUAUAGUAGUACUAACCUCUGCUGCAUGUGUGUGUGUGUGUGUGGUAAAUAAAGUUUUUAAUCUCCCUCA